AGGUGCGUCUCACAGGUGAAGUGAGCUCAGGGGCUCAGGUACCAUGAUGUCCUCAGCUGUGGUGUUGAAUCUUCUGCUUCUGGUGUCCAUUGCUUCAGCAGGACACCACUAUGGAGGCUCAGUCACCUUCAGCCCUAAAGGAGCCAAUGCAGAUGGGAGCAUGAGGGUUGAGUUUCGAUUCAAGCGAACCUAUGACUGGUGUUCGUCUAGUUGGUGGUCCUGCGCCUCUGGAGAUUGUGGCUAUGAAUCCAGCAGUGUAGAAGGUCAAAUCGACAGAAGCUCUAACGGCAGAAGUGGUUACACCAACAGCUGGUGCCAAUCAGAAAAUGUUGUCACAAGAAACAUCCAUGGAAACACACCCUUUGAUCUGCAGGACUCCUCGUGCUGCUGGGUGCCUACAGUCAAUGGUGUUGGUUCGUGGUUCUUCAAAGCACAUGUAGAUCUAGGCAUAAGAGCUGAUACCAAUCAACCCAACCGCUCACCUGUCACCACUACUUUACAGCUUCUACGUGUACCCCAAAACUGUCCUCGUAAAUAUCAUCUGAUAGCCUAUGACCCAGAUGGUGACCAGGUCAGAUGUAGAUAUGGAGCUCAGCAGUAUUCUGAAUGUGCCACAUGUGACCAACCUAGUGGUUUCCAACUAGAUCAACGUGCCUGCACACUGGACUACAGCUAUGCCUCCACAACAGGCGUCUACGGAUUUGAGCUGAUUGUGGAGGAUUUCCCCAGGAAGCACACCACUCUGGCUUACACUGAUGGCUCCAGCUCUUACAGAUGCUCUCUGAGUGGUGGAAGACACCGAAGGUCAAUUACUUCGACACCGUACCCCUGGUAUUACCAAAGUUACACAACUGUCCCAUGGUGGCAACAAACUACUCCCUCACAAUGGUGGUUGUGGUGGCAAAACCAACAGUCGACCACCGCUCCACCUACAACUACUCCAUGGUGGUGGUGGCAACAGCAAUACACAACGGCUGCUCCACCUACAUCGGCCCAAUGGUGGUGGUGGCUGCAGACCACAACCACAACUACAACAACAGGACCACCUCAAGAAUACACAACUUCCAUGACUUCACAUCAGCGGUCGUACGAACCUUUCAGCAAGCUCCCUCUGCAAUUCAGUCUUCUCGUUGAUUCAGCUGCUCCUUCCUGCACUGAGGGACAUUACAUACCUCACUUUGUGUCACCAACGCCACGCAAUGGAGAUGAAAUCCAAGCUACGCCACUCCGUGAAGUGGAAAUCCGGGUUAAGGCUGCAGCAGCUUAUGCAACGGUUACUGAUGUCAUUAUCAGCGGUCCUUUGAACAUAACUAAGCACGCUUUGAGCACUGGAGAGUAUGCAAUCAGAUGGACACCAAUGAGGAACGACCUCGGCGAUCAUUUUCCCGUGUGUUUCAUUGCUGAGAGCAUGAGCGGAAGCAGCGUUUAUCAGUCUGAAAUGAGAUGUGUCAUCAUCACCGUUGGACGCCAGACUGUGAAAGCAAAUGUGAUUUGCACUGCAAACAACAUGGUCGUUGAAAUUGAGCAGCUGCACUCCGUCGGGCUCCACAAGGACUAUCUGCGACUCAAUGAUCCCGCCUGCACUUUGGACUCAAAUGGCACUCAUGUGUUGGCAAACUUCUCCCUCAAUGCUUGUGGUACCAUGAUUGAGGAGGAUGAAGAGUUCAUCAUUUUCAAGAAUGAAAUUUUCUCAACUGAUGACCCGAACAGCAUCAUUACCAGAAAGCACGAGGUGGAGAUUGAGUUCUCCUGUCGUUACGAGAAGAAAAACAACAUCUCACUGCAGUUCACCGCACGCAGACACAUAACCACCAUCACAGAGAAAGGCUUUGGUACCCUCACCUACAGCUUCGGACUCUUCAAAACAGAAAACUACUACACAGAAAUCGACGUGACUGCAUAUCCGGCAGAGUAUGAGCUUGGGGAGAUGAUUUACAUGCAGAUUGAAUCCCAGUCUGCAAUCAACAACACCGAGCUUUUUGUCGAAUCCUGUGUCGCGACACCAUACAAUGACCCCAACUACCAAACACCCUACACAAUUAUCCAAAACGGGUGUAUAUUGGAUGAAACGGUUGAGUUCUACACAAGCCACGAGCCAACGGUUCGCUUCGGCCUGCAAGCCUUCCAGUUCAUCGGAAUGCACGAGCAGGUGUUCCUCAGCUGUUCGGUGAUUCUGUGCGAGGCCAACAAUCCCAACACCCGCUGCUCUCAGGGUUGCGUCAGCAGCACAGUCGCUCCACCGGCCCACCACCAUCACAGAAGAGAGGCUCCCAUCCAGACCGGCAGUCACUUAGUCUCCCAGGGUCCCCUGCGGCUGAAGAGGAGCGUAGAGGAGCAUGAAGUGUCCUCCACAGUCUUGAACCUGAAUCUGGUUUUCAUUGUGGGAUGUCUCCUUGCAGCUGUUGGCAUGGUGUGUGGUGUUCUCAUCUACAGAACCAGGAGAUCAGACGUCAAAUAUCAGGCUCUUAAAUCAGAUGACAUUUAAUGGAUCUUCUCAAAGAAUACAAAAAAUGUGUCCUCUUUUCUCACUGAUAGAAGAUUCUGGCUUCAAAAGACUUGGU